AUGAUCGACAGUGCCCUACCCCCGCUACUUCCAAUCCCUUUCAAUGUUAGAGACGAACCUACGCAUACUACAGUUGAACAUGAUGAAAUCGGGACCAUGAAUGGAAGCUCUCACAACGACCACCAAAGCCAGGAACCGUCCAUCACUAGCUACCAAACACACGUCAACCAUAGCGCCUGGCGGCUAUACCGACCAACAGUCGGAACGGACGCAGUUCGAAACCUCUCAACUUCAUCGCACCGACAGAUCCGGUGCGACCACCCAGACAUUACCGCCAUCAAAAUCUGGACAGCCGAUACUCAGAUUCUUAUUUUUUCGGUUUAUCUGGCAGUCGUCCCGCUAUUCACGCCAAACGAGGCGAUCAAAGAUCAACAAGCGUCAUCCUUUCAGGAGAUUCCAACCGCCACCUCCCAAGGUGGCAAUGUCAAGUUUCACUAUCAGCGAUCUGUACUGGACGCUGGAGAAAUCAACAUUCAAUAUGUUCCGACCAAGCAGCAAGCUGCAGAUGGACUUACUAAACCUUUGGGACCCAAGGAAUCCGCAAGCUUCCACGACCGGCUCACUGCACCACACUUUCAACUCACGGAGAACCGGAAAGUCUGCGGCCAUUUGAAGAAUUUGACGAAGGAUUUCCUUGUCGAGAUGACUCCCAAUGCUGCUAUUGUCAGACGGCCCCUUGAGGACCGCACAGUUUUGAUUCAGUCGUGGAUUCCUAUCCAUGGCGAAGAAACCCAGGCCUUGAAGUAUACUGAUGCCCAACCCAACGGAGCACUCACUGCCUUUGUAGCACCUCACCUCAGCAGUCUGCCUUUCGGGCAACCACCAGAGACGCAAAUCGAGCACAGUACGGGCAUCAACCGCGGUCCUUGA